CAGACAAAGAAAAAGUCAUCCCCAGCAUAGACAUCUAUCACCUUGAAUCUUCAAUCAAGUUUCUUUGUAAAAGGAGGAAGACGGACAAAGAUAGAAUUUUAUGAAGUUUCACCAGAUCUACUCACCGGGUCCAAUGAGAAUUAACAAUGACGAGAACAUCAAAAGGCCUGUUUCUUCCAUGAUGCUUUAUUUAAUAAUCCUUGCAAAGUUCUCAAAUUAGCAAGGAUAAGUCAGAGAAAGUAAUUUUGGAGGACCAUGCCUUUGAGGCGCUGGAGCAAGACUUCCAAGAAGUCCUUGCUGAACUUAUGGGAGACAAGGGACUGGAGAAAUUUCGCAUUGAGUAUGAAAAGCUGCAUCGGGCCCUCAAGAAAUCCCACGAAAAUGAGAAGCGCCUGAUGGCAAAAUGCAAGGACCUAAAUGCUGAGAUUGUUGCAAAUUCAACAAAGGUGACAACUGCACUGAAGCUCUCGCAAGAUGACCAGUCAACUAUAGAUUCCUUAAAGCAGGAGAUUGAAAAAGCUUGGAAAAUGGUCGAUUCAGCUCUUGAACAAGAAAAACGAGGAAAGGAGACCAUUCGCACUCUAAAGCAGGAAAUUAGUAAUCUAACUAGGUUGGUGGAGCAAGGUGCUGGACUUUCUUUGGGCCAGGAAAGCAGUGUUAAUGAUAUGCUGAAAAUCCAAGAGCAGCUGACCAAAGAAAGAGAUGAGCUACUCAAAGAGGUUGUCGCCUUACGCGAUAAAGUGACGGAGAUGGCAGCCAAUGAGCAAGAGUAUGAACGUCUUAAAGACGAAGCCGAUCAAAACGUUGCCCAGCUUCAGCAUGAUAUACAGAUGCGAGAGAAUGAGAUUGCCCGAGAGAUGCGACGGAAGGAUAAGCUGCAGAAAGAACUGACACGUCUAAAGGGAGAACUGGACGAUAAUCAAGCUGAGAUUAAGUCACUGACGGUACAACAGCAAAAGAUCAAAGACGACUAUCAGAAAUUGGAUCUGCAGCUCAAGGAACAAAAGAUUUUGAAUGAAAGAGCUUCGAAAGAUUUGGAACUACUUCAUCACAAAGUUAUCAAGCUCCAGCAGGAGAAUGAGCAACAAGCUAUAAUGACAGACCAACUGACCCAUGAAAACCAACUGAAGAUGAUAGAUCUUAAAACCAAAGAGGAUGAAGUGAGUCUGUUACGUCAUGACGUUGUCAAGCUGACUAAGGUGAGGGAGGUGUUGCAGCGUAAGUUACAUCAGAUUGAGGAUCAGAAACUGGAGCUUGACCACCAGCGGGAAACCUUGAAGAACCUCACUACAUCGAUGGAGAAAGAACUGGAGUCCACUAAAAAGCAGGCUGAGAUUGAUAAGAAAGCUAUUGAUGAGCUGGUGAGAGAACGAGAUAUUGUGAAUAAGAAUAUGCUGAAGGCAGCAAGCGCCACUGAGAAGCAAACGAACUUGGUCAAAUUACACGAGCAAUCUAAGAAGGUCCUAGAACAGGAAAUUCAAAACUAUAACAAUGAGGCGCAGAAACAGCGGAAGAUUAUUUUCCACCUGGAAAAAGAGAGGGACCGAUACAUCAACGAAGCCAGUGACCUUACACAGAAGGUUCUUCAGUAUAUGGAAGACAUUAAGGUGUAUGAGAUGCAGAAUUUUGACUUCAAGAAGAAAAUCUCAGAGGCUGACAGUAAGCUGAAACAGCAGCAGAACCUCUACGAGGCUGUGCGUUGUGACAGAAAUCUUUACAGCAAGAACUUGAUUGAAGCACAGGAUGAGAUAGCUGAAAUGAAACGCAAGCUGAAGAUCAUGAACCACCACAUCGACCAGCUGAAGGAUGAGAUCUGCUCAAAGGAGGCUGCACUAGUAAAACAAAACUUGGAAUAUCAGCGCAUAGAGAAGGAAAAAGAUACACUAAAGACUGAACUGCAGAAGAUGAAGCAACAGGCCCAGGACACCAGGAUUUUCAUUGAAAACCAAGAGACAGAGGAAAGAAAGCUGCUGAGAAUUAUUAAUGAGGCUGACACAGAGAGGAUUCGGCAAAAGAAAGAGUUGGACCAGAUUAUCAGUGAAAGAGACAUUCUAGGCACUCAGCUCGUGCGUCGCAAUGAUGAACUGGCACUGCUGUAUGAGAAGAUCAAGAUUCAGCAUUCCAUGUUAAAUAAAGGCGAAAUACAAUACAGACAGCGGGUGGAGGAUAUUCGGCUCCUCCGAAUGGAGAUCAAAAAACUAAGGCGGGAAAAACACCUCCUAAGCAAGAGUGUUUCUAAUCUGGAGGACCUCAGGCAUGAGAUUUACCAUGUACAGAAGGAACUCCUGAAGGAACGGACACGGUGUAGGGCCCUUGAAGAGGAGUUGGAAAACCCAUUGAAUGUUCACAGGUGGCGAAAGCUUGAGGCGACUGAUCCAAGCAGAUAUGAGCUGAUUCUGAAGGUUCAGACAUUACAGAAGCGUCUGAUCUCAAAGACUGAGGAGGUGGUGGAGAAAGAGCUGCUUUUACAGGAGAAAGAGAAGCUCUAUGUGGAGCUGAAACACAUCUUGGCACGACAGCCUGGACCAGAAGCUGCUGAACAGCUAAUGCUGUAUCAGAGGACACUUCGAGAUAAGACGAAGCAACUGAAGGCCUUGACUUCAGAGUUGAACAUGUUUGAAUCACAGAGUCAGGAGUACAAGUAUGAGAUUGAACGUCUAGCCCAGGAACUGCAGAAUGUGAAAAAGAAGUACCACUGUCAGAAACGCAAGGAACAGCUGGCUAAUGAGAAACAAAAAGCCUUGGAGCGGGAGGAACAGCCUUUAAUCCAUCCUCAGAGGAGAAACUACCCCCAGUUCACAGGAGGGGGUUUCAAUCUUAAACCGCAAACAAAGGUCUCAGCUUAAAUACCCACGAAACUCCAUUCUCCAUCUGCUGCUGAUUCUUUUACAUCAAACAAGAUUUUUUUUCACUUAUUAUUAUUAUUACAGAAAGUGUUCAACUCAGCCAAGAAUAACAGUGAGGGACAAAUAUGAUUUUCAUGUAGCUUAAUUUUAUUUUGGCAUUUCAAAUGUCCCAGUUUCAGCCAAGAUAAUGAACUUUGUUGAAAAGUGUUUUAUGGCAUAUUGAUUUUUUUUUUCCUUGAUUUCAUUAUAUUGAAUAUGAAAAUACCUGUGUUGCACUUUAAUGCAUUCUCAUGUCAGCUAUACACAGACAUGUAGUCGAAUAAAAACUGUCUGAUUUUCACUUAAA